AGAGCACCAGGAUUACACCAAGUUAACACGCAAAAUUAAAGGAUUUCAAAAACUAUUAAGGAUAAAGAAAAUAGUAACUGCAAAAUCAGCAAGGAUAAGGAAAAUUUUAUCAGGAAAAUCAGGAAGAAAACUGGAAAAUCAGCAAAGAAUCAAGAAAGUACAGCACUUAAAACCUCUUGAACUGUUUAAAAGAAAACGGCUUAAGGAAAUUCGAACAGAUUCUUACAAAAACUCUAAAGAGUCCACACUAAAAACAAAAAAAGUAAUAAAAAAGCUUAAAAGCUUAGCAUCUUAAAGAAAAAAGCAUAAACCCGGAGCCCCGCCAUGCACAAAAGAAAGAAACGCUAGGUGCUAGAUUUGGAGAGAAGAAAAUAUCAAAGAACAUUUUUAAAUAACAACAAAAAAAGGAUAAGGAAAAUCCAGACUCGAGAAAAGCCUUGUAGAAACCUACUUAAAUCUUCCAUAAAAACCCCCAAGAACCCUCCCGUCCAACAUGGUGCUAAAUCUCCUCUUCAUAACCACUGUGAUAAAGUCCACUUUCGGCGUGGUGACCACUGGCCUUUGGCUAAUACCCCUAAUGCUGGCAGCCAUCACCUAUUAUCGCUACGAUGCCGUCGAUCCUGAAUCAAGGCCACUGGAUCAAUUAAAUCUCUAUCCCGAAUACGAUUUCAUAGUGGUGGGCAGUGGAUCGGCGGGUGCUGUGGUGGCCAAUCGCCUUAGCGAAGUGAGGAAAUGGAAGGUCCUGUUGAUAGAGGCCGGUCCCGAUGAGAACGAGAUCUCGGAUGUGCCCUCGCUGGCGGCAUAUCUGCAGUUGAGCAAACUGGACUGGGGCUACAAGACGGAACCCUCGACGAAGGCCUGCCUGGGAAUGCAGAAUAAUCGCUGCAAUUGGCCCCGAGGACGUGUCCUUGGCGGCAGCUCUGUCUUAAAUUAUAUGCUCUAUGUACGCGGCAAUCGCAACGAUUAUGAUCAUUGGGCUUCCCUGGGCAAUCCUGGCUGGGAUUAUGAUCAUGUUUUGCGUUAUUUCAAAAAAUCUGAGGAUAAUCGUAAUCCAUAUUUGGCCAAUAAUCAAUAUCACAGUCGCGGUGGAUUACUAACCGUUCAGGAAUCUCCUUGGCACUCACCAUUGGUGGCCGCCUUCGUGGAAGCUGGAACACAGAUGGGCUAUGAAAAUCGUGACAUAAAUGGCGCCCAACAGGCUGGCUUUAUGAUCGCCCAGGGCACCAUACGUCGCGGAUCACGUUGCUCAACGGCCAAGGCUUUUUUGCGACCCAUCAGGCAGCGCAAGAACUUUCAUCUUUCAAUGAAUUCACAUGUCACCCGGAUCAUCGUGGAACCGGGCACAAUGCGUGCCCAGGCGGUGGAGUUUGUGAAACACGGGAAGGUGUAUAGGAUAGCGGCCAGGCGUGAGGUGAUUCUAUCGGCGGGCGCCAUUAAUACACCACAACUGAUGAUGUUGUCGGGCCUGGGACCACGAAAGCAUUUGGAAAAGCAUGGAAUACGCGUCCUUCAGGAUCUCCCAGUGGGUGAGAAUAUGCAGGAUCAUGUGGGAAUGGGCGGACUAACAUUUCUAGUGGACAAACCAGUGGCCAUUGUCCAGGAUCGUUUCAAUCCCACAGCCGUUACCUUUCAGUAUGUCUUGAGGGAACGCGGACCCAUGACCACUUUGGGCGGCGUCGAGGGAUUGGCCUUUGUCCAUACACCCUACUCCAAUCGCAGUCUCGACUGGCCGGAUAUACAGUUUCAUAUGGCACCCGCAUCCAUUAAUUCGGACAACGGUGCCAGGGUGAAAAAAGUGCUGGGCUUGAAGGAAUCUGUUUACCAGGAGGUCUAUCAUCCCAUUGCAAACAAGGAUAGUUGGACGAUAAUGCCCCUGCUUUUGAGACCAAGAUCAAGGGGAUCGGUGAAGCUACGCUCGUCGAAUCCCUUUCAUUAUCCCUUGAUUAAUGCCAAUUACUUUGACGAUCCGCUGGAUGCCAAGACUCUGGUCGAGGGCGCCAAGAUAGCCUUAAGGGUGGCCGAGGCCCAGGUCUUUAAGCAAUUUGGGUCGAGGUUGUGGCGCAAACCCUUGCCCAAUUGCAAGCAUCACAAAUUCCUUUCGGACGCAUACUUGGAGUGCCAUGUCCGGACCAUAUCGAUGACCAUCUAUCAUCCGUGUGGCACAGCGAAAAUGGGACCAGCGUGGGAUCCCGAGGCAGUGGUGGAUCCCCGUCUGCGAGUCUAUGGCGUCCGGGGACUGCGAGUGAUCGAUGCUAGUAUUAUGCCAACGAUUAGCAGUGGAAAUACAAAUGCUCCGGUCAUUAUGAUUGCAGAAAAGGGUGCCGAUCUUAUCAAGGAGGACUGGCUAACGAAUCCCGAGUACAAGGUUAAGCGUCAGGCCACAGCAGUCCGGGAUGCUGAGCCAGCGGAGAGUGGUGUUGUCGUUCAAGGGGUAACACUGUCCCCACCGCCUGCCAACAGCAACAUCACCACCACCACUACCACCCCAAGGACACUCAGAGACAUCUUGGAGAGCAGCAGUAGUAGUAGUAGUAAUAGUAAUCUCAAAGGCAACACCACAUCACCGUCACUCGUCGUCAGCUAUGCGGAUAGCUAAGAGGGAGAGCAGUCAACUCCAGAUUUUGUGCUCAGGGGUCCAUUAGCUUUACACACUCAAAAUGUUUGCCAUUGCUAAAGUAACUUGUCGAGAGGGAAAACUCCAUGGAAGAGGCAGUGGAGGGACAGCCAGAAGCUCUAUCUACCAGAGAAAUCUACAUUUUCAAUUUAAAACUGAGGAAAGUGAAAGAAGAAGAAGCCAAGGAUUAUGUAAAAAAAAAAAAUAAAAAUAAAUAAGAUGCGUAACGUAAGCCCAAAAAAGUUAAGAGCGUAUAAAACUCUCUCUCACUUUCUGGGUUUUUAUUAAUAUUCCAAAAGAGAUUAAAGAGAGAACUUAGAGCCAAGCUGACGUUAUGCAUCUUAUUAUUUAUAUUGACAAAAUCAGCUAAAGAGUUAAAAGAAGUAUCUUUUGAAUCUCAUCUUUAAAAAACCCACAAAAGGAUCCAAUGCAAGACGACAAGAAGAAAAUAGAUAACAAAAAUCGAGUCAUAGAAUAAAUAUAUAUUGUAUAUAUAUAAACACACACACUAAGAACACACACCCCAACUAUAUGCUGUAUUCCUAGAUAUAUCCUUAUCUUUAGUAAUUGUUGUCAAUAUUUUUUUUCUGGUUACGUAUUACGUAUUAUUUAUGCUAAGUUCUAGGAUAUGAUAAUUUUAUUAUAUGCAUAUUGUUUGACUAUUUAUAGGUAACUCCCUACCCAUACACACGCAUUAUUUAAACGACAUUCUAUUUAAUAAAUUAAAUUUGCAUAAAUGAAGCAUAAAAA